CCCGGCGACCGCGCGGGGGGGUCUGGGGCGCGGGGGCCGCCGCCGGGGCCCGUCCACAUUCACUGCAACAUCACGGAGUCUUACCCAGCUGUUCCCCCCAUAUGGUCCGUGGAGUCCGAUGAUCCCAACCUGGCAGCUAUCCUGGAGAGGCUAGUGGAAGUCAGGAAAGGAAAUACCCUGCUCUUGCAGCACCUGAAACGGAUAAUCUCGGACCUGUGCAAACUCUACAACCUCCCACAGCAUCCAGAUGUUGAGAUGUUGGACCAGCCUCUACCGGCAGAACAGAGCACACAGGAAGAAGUGUCUUCUGAAGAGGAAGAUGAGGAAAUGCCAGAGGACACAGAGGACUUGGAUCACUACGAGAUGAAGGAGGAGGAGCCAGCCGAUGGGAAGAGGACAGAGGAUGAGGGCAUUGGCAAGGAGAACCUGGCCAUCCUGGAGAAGAUCAAAAAGAACCAGAGGCAAGAUUACUUAAAUGGUGCAGUGUCUGGGUCUGUGCAGGCCACUGACCGGCUAAUGAAGGAGCUCAGGGAUAUUUACCGAUCACCAAGUUUCAAGGGCGGGAACUAUGCAGUGGAACUCGUGAACGACAGCCUGUACGAUUGGAACGUCAAACUCCUGAAGGUUGACGAGGACAGCGCUUUGCACAAUGAUCUCCAGAUCCUCAAAGAGAAGGAAGGAACUGACUUCAUCCUGCUCAACUUCUCCUUUAAAGACAACUUUCCCUUUGACCCACCAUUUGUGAGGGUCGUGUCCCCUGUGCUCUCAGGGGGGUACGUUCUGGGUGGAGGUGCCAUCUGCAUGGAGCUGCUGACCAAACAGGGCUGGAGCAGUGCCUACUCCAUUGAGUCGGUGAUCAUGCAGAUCAGUGCCACGCUGGUGAAAGGGAAGGCGCGCGUGCAGUUCGGAGCCAAUAAGAAUCAGUACAGCCUGACCAGAGCACAGCAGUCCUACAAGUCCCUGGUGCAGAUCCAUGAAAAGAAUGGCUGGUACACACCGCCCAAGGAGGAUGGCUAGCGUGGCAGCCACCCAGGCAUCGCCGGACCACUUGACCUUGGAAUGCUGUACUUGGAUCUGCCAAUGCCUCUGGCUUUCUCCUGAGAUGUGAUGGCUCUGCCUGUUGCAGGACAAUAGCGGCUGCGAUAAACUCUAAGGAAUGAGCCGUGUGUGCAGUUGGACUGACCCGAAACACUCGCUGGACCCUCGCUAGCAGCAUUCUUAUUAAAACAAACUCUGAGCCUCUUGUAUCGCUGGCCACUUCCCGCUCUGCUCUGGUUUAGAGCAUCUCCUUACCUAUGCUAUGGAUUUAAUUUAUUUUCUUAUUUCAUGUACACUGCUUUGUUUGUUCCAGUGUCAGGCUGUGCAGGAAGGGAUCUCUGGAGACCAUUACAGUUUGGUAAUUUGAAGA